AUGUCCGCCUCCCUCCUCCGAGUCGCCGCCCGCGGCCCUGCCACCACCUUCUUCCGCGCCAACACCCUGCGCGCCGCCCAGCCCAUGACUGCCCGCGCCGCCAUGGUCCUGCCCAUCGUUGCUGCUCCCUCCUUCAGCACCUCUGCUCGCCUCCGUUCCGACCACGGCGAGGAGACCUUUGAGGAGUUCUCCGCCCGGUACGACACCCAAUCCGUGCACCCGAGUCAUCAUGGCCUGAUCUCACCCUCGACCACCCUCGACCCUCCAUUGGAGCCCGUCGCGACCCUCAAUGGGCAGCACGACCUCUGGUACGAGAAGGAGUUCGACAGCGUCCAGGAUGUUUUCGAGCUUCAGGCCGUUCUGGAGAUGAUCAAAGAGAGACCGAUCGGACUGACGUCGAUGUGCCACCAACCACAGCGCAACCUCAACAACGCCUUUGCCUACGAUCUCGUCCCUUCUCCCUCCGUCCUCAUCGCCGCGCUAAAAGCCGCCCGCCGGGUGAACGACUACCCCACCGCCGUCCGUGUCUUCGAGGGCAUCAAGGCCAAGGUCGAGAACAAGGGCCAGUACGAGCAGUACCUGCAAGAGCUCAAGCCCAUGCGCGAGGAGCUCGGCAUCCUCCUGAAGGAGGAGCUGUUCCCCGAGGAGCAGCAGUAA